GAAUUUACCUUUCUGCCUUGGGAUAUUUUGAACCUAAGUCAAAAAGAUAAAUGCUAAUUUGGCUUAGGAUAUUUUGAAGGCCCCUCUGAAAAUCCAGCCUCUCCUUUUUUCACACUUAAACUCCGUGUUCAUUUUUUAGCUUCAAAUUAAUAAUGCUUCACUUCCACUAUAAAUAUAUAGAACCAACUUCUCACAUUGAACAAUUAAAGCAAAAACCUCUACCUGAAGAAAACAUCUAACACUACUUUCUUACUCUCUCAACCAGCAGUCACCAAAAAUGGAUAUUUUUCCAAGCUAUUUUUUGGACCCACUUUCUGAGUCUGAUACUACUAGCAGCUCACCUAAUCAUACUGAAUAUUCAUCAGUGAUGUUAGCUUCAAAUAACCCUAAAAAGCGAGCCGGGAGAAAGAAAUUUCAGGAAACUCGACAUCCAGUAUACAGGGGAGUGAGAAAAAGAAACUCAGAUAAAUGGGUCUGUGAAGUCAGAGAACCCAAUAAAAAAUCAAGGCUUUGGCUUGGCACAUAUCCAACGGUAGAAAUGGCGGCUAGAGCUCAUGACGUGGCAGCUAUAGCCUUGAGGGGUCGUUCUGCUUGCUUGAACUUUGCUGACUCUACUUGGAGGUUGCCUAUCCCAGCUUCCUCCUGCACCAAGGAUAUUCAGAAGGCGGCCGCUGAGGCCGCUGAAUCUUUCCGACUGCCACUAAAGUCGGAAACAGUUUCAGGAGAAUACAUAUAUACUUCUGAAACGCCACAAAGUAUGUUCUUUGUGGAUGAGGAAGAGCUCUACUACAUGCCAGGAUUGCUUGUGAAUUUAGCCCAAGGAAUGAUGCUACCUCCACCUCAAUGUUUAGAAAUCGGAGAUCAUGCCGAAAUUGAUGAUGACAUCUCUUUAUGGAGUUAUAUUUAAAUAAUUAAUUCUGGUUA